UUUCUCCUCUGUGGUGGCCCUGGGAGCCAGCAUCAUCUGUAACAAGAUCCCGGGGCUCGCCCCCCGGCAGCGGGCGAUCUGCCAGAGCAGGCCCGACGCGAUCAUUGUCAUCGGGGAAGGGUCCCAGAUGGGCAUCAACGAGUGCCAGUUCCAGUUCCGCAACGGGCGCUGGAACUGCUCGGCCCUGGGCGAGCGGACGGUCUUCGGCAAGGAGCUCAAAGUGGGGAGCAGGGAGGCCGCCUUCACCUACGCCAUCAUCGCGGCCGGCGUGGCCCACGCCAUCACAGCGGCCUGCACGCAGGGCAACCUCAGCGACUGCGGCUGCGACAAGGAGAAGCAGGGCCAGUACCACAAGGAGGAAGGCUGGAAAUGGGGCGGCUGCUCCGCCGACAUCCGCUACGGCAUCGGCUUCGCCAAGGUUUUUGUGGAUGCCCGGGAGAUCAAGCAGAAUGCCAGGACGCUCAUGAACCUGCACAACAACGAAGCUGGGCGCAAGAUCCUGGAGGAAAACAUGAAGUUAGAGUGCAAAUGCCACGGUGUCUCGGGGUCCUGCACCACUAAAACCUGCUGGACGACGCUGCCCAAGUUCCGGGAGCUGGGCUACAUCCUCAAGGACAAGUACAACGAGGCUGUGCAGGUGGAGCCUGUCAGGGCCAGCCGCAACAAGCGCCCCACCUUCCUCAAGAUCAAGAAGCCCCUUUCCUACCGCAAACCCAUGGAUACAGACUUGGUGUACAUAGAGAAAUCCCCCAACUACUGCGAGGAGGACCCGGUGACGGGCAGCGUGGGCACGCAGGGCAGGAUGUGCAACAAGACGGCGCAGCAGUCCAAUGGCUGCGACCUGAUGUGCUGCGGCCGCGGCUACAACACCCACCAGUACUCCCGGGUGUGGCAGUGCAACUGCAAGUUCCACUGGUGCUGCUACGUGAAAUGCAACACGUGCAGCGAGAGGACAGAGGUGUACACUUGUAAGUGAGCACUUGCCCGGGACUGCUCCCGGCCUGCGUACAUUUGCACAUGCCCCCGGCGUACCUGAGCGGGACUGCGGGGAAGAGCCGCUCUCCCUGGACAGGUGCUGAUGGACGGAGCCCUCUCCUCUCUCCUCACGUUUCGUCGCUUAUGCGGAUACACAUUUCAGACUCUUACAAAGUCAGCCAAGAAACAAAAACAAAUCAGCCCCACCCCGGGCCACCAGACACACAAAAGACAGAGAAAAGGAUCAUCUCAGUGAGCCUACACCUCGGAGCGCUGCCUGCCUUGUGGAGAGACACCAGCCAGGGAGAAACCUCCGGCUGUGGCAUCGAACUCCUGGUUUGGCAAAGGAGUGGGCAAACGCUUGUGUGUGCGAGGAGCAGGGAGGGGUAGGGGGGAAAUGCCCACAAAAGGGCUUUGCACAGGAUGGGAUGGACCGAGCCUCCCCGUGAAUUGCCCAUGGGAGUGUGUAAGUGACAGGGAUUUAGGCUUCUACACUCGUGAAAAGCUUCUACUGCUCUUGCCCGUCUUUCCACUUCACAGCACUUGCUGCAGCAAAAAGAACUGUGGAAGGGCUCUGUAGACACUGCUUUAUCUGCCUUUCUCGUGUGUGUGAGGUGCAGAUUUUAGCACAGGGAUUUGGGACAUUUGGGCAUAAUAAUAACAAUAUUUAACAAUUUAUUCAGAUAAAACUAAUAUUAAUUUAUUUAAUUAAAAAAGAACUUUACCAACCUUUUUGGAACUAUUCUGCAAUUAAAGUAGAUAGCUGGCUUUCUUUGUGGAAUAAUUUUGUAGGAUCAGCAAGGAAACACUGGAGCUGUAUAUAUUAUUCUUGACUAGGAUAUUUCUAUUAGUUGGACUUGCAGGAUAUGUUCUACAGUACUGGAUGUUUAAGGACAAAAGCUGGCGUCUUUAUAUAUAUGUACAUACACAAACACACUGUAUUUUUGGGUUUUUGUUUGUUUGUUUCCUCCUGUUUGCUGCUAGUUGUCUGGAACAAAAGUGGAGUGGUAGGGGUUACAAAUCUUUACCAGUUUUUGUGGUUAUUUUUCUUUUCUUCGAUUAAAGAAAGAA